AUGGAGCAACCUAUUGGCUUUGUCUCUAAGGAAUUUCCCGAUCGUGUUUGCCGUUUGAAGAAAGCGUUAUAUGGCCUUAAGCAAGCGCCACGAGCAUGGUAUGGUAAAGCUGCUCAAUAUCUCAUUUUUUGUGGCUUUAGAGUUUCUGAAUCAGAUUCUAGUUUAUUUAUAAAAUUUGAAUCAGGUGCAUAUCUCUUGGUAUUAUUAUAUGUUGAUGAUAUGAUAAUAACUGGAGAUAAUGAAUCAAAAAUUUGUAAUUUGAGGAAUGACUUGUCUAUUCGUUUUGAGAUGAAAAAUUUGGGGGAGAUUAGAUGUUUUCUUGGUCUAGAAGUGGAAAAAUCAGAUCAAGGUUACUUUUUUUCUCAAAAAGGCUAUGCAAGGAAUCUCUUGGAGCGUUUCGAUAUAGGGGAGUCGAAAGAAAAAGUUACUCCGAUGGAGCCGAAUUUGAAGUUGAAGAAAGAUGAUGGGAGAGCGUUGGAAGAUGUAAGAAAGUUCCGACAACUUGUUGGAAGCUUAAUCUAUUUGACCAUUACAAGGCCUGAAAUUUCAUACUCUGUUAGUGUUGUUUCUCAAUUUAUGCAGAAUCCAACAACUAUUCAUAUGGAUGUAGCAAAGAGGAUUUUGCAUUAUGUUAAAGGAACUAUUGGUUAUGGUCUUCUAUACAAGAGAUGUGAUAGCUUUAUGUUGAGUGGAUUUACUGAUGCCGAUUGGGCUGGAGAUACAAACGAUCGUCACUCGACUUCAGGAUAUUGUUUUAGCAUCGGUUCAGCAAUGGUUUCUUGGUGUAGCAAAAAGCAACGUGUUGUUGCUUUGUCGAGUACCGAAACCGAGUAUGUGGCAGCAACUAUGGCUGCACAAGAGUGCAUUUGGUUGAAGAGGUUGAUUGGAGACAUAUGCAAAGUUGAUUAUGUUGUAAGAAUUAAGUGUCAUAAUGAAAGUGCUAUUAAGCUUGCAUUGAACCCGAUUUUUCAUGCUCGAACGAAGCACAUCGAGGUUCGACAUCAUUUUGUUCGAGGAAAGGUUCUAAGUGAAGAGAUUGAGCUUGUAAACAUUCGCACCAACGAUCAAGUGGCUGAUAUUUUCACUAAGGCUUUGGUGAAGCCUAAGUUUCAGCAAUUUAGAGAUGCUCUUGGAGUUCCUGAUCAAGAAGAGGGCGAGGGUGACGAAAGAGAGGAUGACGACGGGCGCAAGGAGGCGAAGAUGAGGGAGAUGAGGAUAAUGUGUCGGUGGUGGGACAAGGGUGAGAGAGAGAGUCCGGUACAAGCAGGGAGGAUAUGUGGCGAUGGAGAAGGAAAUGAAUGA